AUGCCUGGACCGGGACGCCCCAGUGCUCGUCCUAAUGAGAGCAGCAGACGCAGGUGUGCGGACCGGGAGAGCGGGAUCACAGGGGGACACAGGAAACUCUCCGCAGGUCUGAGCAGUCUCUCGUCCUCUGUGCCACGUCAGUUCCAUGUGGUGAAGGAACCGAAGAACUGGACAGAAGCUCAGCAGUACUGCAGAGAGAAGUUCACUGACCUCGCCACCAUAAACGACAUGACAGAGAUGGAGAAGGUGAAGAGCAUGAUCCAUGAAGCAGGUGCUGAAGAGGCGUGGAUUGGGCUGAAGAGGGGAGAGUGGCAGUGGUCUCUGGCCAAGAGUGAUUUCCACAGAGAAAAUGAAGCAGAGUUCAGGAACUGGGAUACAAAUCAACCAAAUGAAAAUGGGGGGAACUCCACACAUCCCUAUGUGCUGGUUACUGAUGGGAAGAACUGGACUGAUGCUCAGAGAUACUGCAGAGAGAAACACACAGACCUGGCCAGUGUGAGGAGUCAGGCAGAGAACAACCAGAUAAAUGAAACUAUAGCAGAUAGUCUGGAUCCUCAAGAAGAUGGAGGAAAUAGAACUGCCUGGAUUGGCCUGUUCAGAGCUAACUGGUCAGAGUGGUCUGAUGGCAGCAGCUCCUCAUUCCGCCACUGGAAAGCUGGAGAACCCAAUAAUCUCAAGGGGAAGGAGUUCUGUGUUGCUACCGGUGGUCAGUGGAAUGAUGCAGAGUGCCACCAUCCUAAGAGCUUCAUCUGCUAUGAAGACAAGCUGGUUCUGGUCCGUGAGAAUAAGACCUGGAGAGAGGCGCUGCAGUACUGCCGAGAGGAACACGUGGACCUGGUGUCUGUGACGUCUGAGCGGGUCCAGCACUGGGUGAGCAGGCUGGCUAAAGGAGCCGCCACUGCUCAUGUGUGGGUGGGCCUGCUCCACUCCUACGGUGUGGGCUGGUACUGGGUCUGUGGACAGACCGUCUGCUACAGCAACUGGACUCAAGGGCACGAGCCAGUGGAGUCCUUACAACAAGGAGUCGGGGCAGUGGAGUCUAGAGAGGGGCAGUGGGUUGGCAACCUGAAUAAGACCGACCAACUCAACUUCAUCUGCACCACUGAGGCUGUGACAGGAUGGGAGGGUGGGGGCUCAGGCCAGAGCUGA